AUGCCGGCGCUCAGCCCCGCGCUCCGCCUGCACCUCCUCUUCUGCUUUGCCCUAGCCCAGGCGCCCCACGCCGGCAGCGGCUUCUCCGGCUCGGCAGACCUCCCUUGUUUGGAACAGAAGAAACGCCUGAGCCCCCGAGCCUGCUGCCUGCCUGGCCCGCCGCCGCCGCCGCUCUUCCCACCGCCCUUCUUCAGGCACAGCUGGAACAUGAAGCUGCUGGCCCUAGAUGUGAAUGACUUCUGUCAAGAGCUCCAAAUGAAAGAGCCUUCCUCUGUACCAGAAUCGUAUUGCCCCUCAGGACCUCCUGGCCCCCAGGGUCCACAAGGAAUUCCUGGUAUAGUGGGACCAAAAGGGGAGAAAGGGGAGAUUGGCAGACCAGGAAGAAAGGGUAGACCAGGUCCUCCGGGUGUCCCUGGAAUGCCAGGACCAAUUGGAUGGCCUGGACCAGUGGGACCCAAGGGUGAAAAGGGAGAUUUGGGUGUGAUGGGAUUGCCAGGUACAAGAGGACCAAUGGGCUCCAAGGGUUUUCCUGGAACUAGAGGAGAAAAGGGGUCCAGAGGUGAGACAGGUGACAAAGGUGUCAAAGGAGACCAGGGAGAAAUAGGUUCCCCUGGAAUGCUGGGUCAGAAAGGCGAGAUGGGUCCGAAGGGGCAAUCUGGAGCACCGGGACACAGAGGACCUAUAGGAAGACCAGGAAAACGAGGCAAACAAGGACAAAAGGGAGACAUUGGACCUGUGGGAAUCAUGGGUCCGCCUGGAAGGCCUGGUCCUUCAGGCCUGCCAGGCCCCCCUGGACCUUCAGGAUCAGGACAGUUAGUAAUAGGACCAAAAGGGGAAAGAGGACUUCCAGGGCCUCCAGGGAGAUGUCUCUGCAGAUCCCCACACAACGUGAAUAGUCCACCAUAUGAGGAAUCUGUGUUUGGACACAGCUAUCCAAAAGUCCCUGCGAUUUUUGUGGUGAACAACCAAGAAGAACUGGAGCGGCUGAACACUGAAAAUGCCUUAGCGUUUAGAAGAGAUCAAAGAUCUUUGUAUUUCAAGGAUGUCAUUGGAUGGCUCCCAAUCCAGCUCAGCCCCCUCUUCCCUGUGGGCUCCUCCAUGGAGCGGGGCGGCACGUGCGGAGACGGCAUCGUGCAGGCYGGCGAGGAGUGCGACGACGGCAACGCGGUGGCCACCGACGACUGCGUGGGAUGCCGCCGUGCUUACUGUGGUGAUGGCUACAGACACGAGGGGGUUGAAGACUGUGAUGGGAAGGAUUUUGGAUACCUAACAUGUAAAACAUAUCUCCCUGGGUCUUAUGGAAAACUACGAUGCACUUCUUACUGCUACAUCGACUCUACACAGUGCCGAUACUUCACAUGAGGGGGCUCAGAGGUGGGCAGCACCCCGCGGGUGACGGGGGUGCUCGGUGCUACGCUCUCGUCUGCCCAAGGAGGAC